AUGCUGUCGAUACCCAAUGCUCACAAGAUCCGAAUCCUCAUUGCUUUCGUUUCGUCGACCAUCGUGCUGGUAUCCAGCGUCUACAACGUGACGGCUAUCUUUACAAGAAAUAUUCUCCAUGACAUCAUCUUGGAAGAAAGACGGGAACUGGAGUUGACCUCCAAUCUUCGUCAUUCUGACGGCACUUUUAGAAAUGAAGAAAACUACCGUGAAACAACAACGACAACAACUCUUGGCCCAUGCAAAGGGCAAAGCAGCAGAAAGUACCGCACUGCAAAGAACAUUGAAAUCGAUUUAUGGAACGAGAUUGAGCAAGCUUUGUCACCUAGCAAAGUCGUAGGCUCAGAUGUGAACACUGACAUUACAUACCAUGAACAGACAAGCAAAACAAUCAAAAGCAAUAUUUCGAAGUCGAGGAAACGACAACCAAGAAAGUCAAAAGGCAAGGUCAAUAAGACGCAAAAGAAAGGUAGUACCCCAUUGAAUGAUACGACAAUUAUCAUCACAACCAAUUGGAUGCCAAGUGUCCCGUCGACAGAUCAACUCGACAAGGUAAUCCAUUCGCUUAGCUUUCUCCAUGGACUGCCAAAAGAUACACCCAUGGUCAUUGCUGUGGAUGGCGCCUAUGAAAGUGGCGCUCGAUACAAAAGCGUCCGUAAUGUAGACAUGCGCAACUACGUCAAAGCGAUCAAGGCAAAGUACAACAACAAGAAACAUGUCAAAAUCAUCACAUCGUCCAAGAAAAUUAUGUUGGUAAGAAACAUGAAACGAGCACUGCGAAAAGUACACACAAAGUAUGUGCUUGUGCUCCAGCACGACCUUCCUUUUAUCAACGAAGUGAACCAUACUGGCCUAAUUGAUACAAUGGAAUCCCAUUCUGAAGUUCGGCUGGUGCGCUUCCCAACAGCUCGCGUUCUGACGAGGAAACGCGAUGGAAGUGUUUGCAACGAGAAGGAAGUACACUUUGAAUCCGAGAACGGAAUUCAAUUGACGAAAACACAUGUAUGGAGUGACAGAAACCACUUGACACGAAAACAAUACUAUGAGGAAAUGUUUCAACUACCAGGAUGGAAUAGUGUAAGGGCCAUGGAAUUCCAUAUGCAACAGUUUGGAAAGAAGAAUUGCUCUCAUUGGGGCACCUACCUGUAUGGUGCACGAGGUAGUAAUCCCACAAUCUUUCAUAUGGAUGGAAGAAGAGAUGGCCAGUUUAUGACAAGUACGAAACGGGUAUAUGGAAACUUGACCGGGAUCUUAUAA